CAGUAAUGACAAUAAACAUCGGUGCUGUUUCUGUCGGCUGAUAAUAUUUUGUAAAGCAAUUUGCAUUGUUAUGAAAAUGUUCUGUGAUAUAACUAAAAGUAAUCAAUCAAGUUAGUCAAAAUGGGAACUUUAAACAUAGCAGAGUGGUCACCGGAUCAGGUGACGGAUUGGCUGUCCGGGCUGGGGCCCACUGUGGAGGUCUACGUGCCGGCGCUUCGCCAGCGCGGCCUGGACGGCGCGAAGCUGCUCACUCUGCGAUGUGAUGACCUCGAAUAUCUCGGGAUUCAUAUAAUUGGCCACCAGGAGCUCCUGCUGGAAGCAGUCGAACAUUUGCGGAACUUUGUAUGUAACUUUUGACGCACUUGAAUUCGUACGGAAUAUACAUUAUUAGCU